AUGGCGUUUAAGGGAAUUACCAUGAAACGGGAAAUCCCCAUCGUAGAUGGCACCAGUAUGCAGAACGCACUGUGUAAGGCGCCAUCUACGAACAGUGACGGGCAAAGGAGCAAAACGGGGGUGUCUGUAAAGAUGCCUAACGAAACCAUCUACGUGCCUGAGUUUGUCCUGCAAUGCGCCAUUGAGAAGGACAAGAUCACCUUUACCAUCGUCGCUCUUGCCUUCAUCUACGUGGGAACGAUUCUUGGAAAUCUACUGGUAAUUGUGGUCAUAAUAUUAAACCCUCAUCUUCAGAACCCCAUGUUUUACUACAUUUUCACUCUAGCAGUGAUCGAUGUGGUGAACAGCACCAACCUCAUCCCUCGAAUUCUGGCCAUCCUGGUGUUUAAUGACAACGUUGUCCCUUACGGGCCCUGCUUGUUUCAGCUAUCGAUAGUGUACCAUCUUGGGCUGACAGAAAGCUUUCUUUUCCCUGUUAUGGCGUGUGAUCGCUAUUUAGCAGUUGUGUACCCCCUAAGAUAUCCUUCCAUUGUUACAAAUAAGACAGUUGGACUUAGCAUCUUAUUUGUGAACAUUUGUGCUGCUGCAACACUCGUCCCCUACAUGGUGUUUGCUAGAGAACUUUCGUUUUGCCGCAGUAAUGUCUUGCCCUACUGUUUCUGUGAUUUUGUUACAAUGAUUCAUAUUUCUUGUACCAGUGACCCAAGGCACCUUGCUCUCUUGUCCAGCACCACAAUCAUCACUGGUUUUGGAGGCUUAGGAAUCUGUCUCCUCUCCUACAUCAGAAUUGUUCUAGCCGCCCUGAAGAUCUCCUCGGUAGAGGGAUUAGGAGUGCAGGUAUCUGCUGAAGCUUACAAUGUGUUGGUCAUCAUAGCCAUUCUGGUACCCCCUAUGAUGAAUCCUAUCAUCUACAGCUUCAGGAACAAGGAGAUCAAAGGCAGCAUUUACAGGCUGUGGACAGGGAAGAGAGUAGACCCAAGCCACCAUUAA